CUGGCAGAUGCCCCAUGUCCAGGCAGGCUUGUAGAGGAUCUUUGGUCCUGUCCUGUGUGGCCAGAGUGGACCGGCCAGCGUUAUCCGGACUCCAGAGGGAGGCUUCCUGGGCUGCGAGGCCUGGCUGGGCCUCGCAGGACAGGCCUAGUGGCCCCGAGAGGGCGAGGUGUCCUCGGGCCAGGCUGUAGCCCACAGAGCCUCUAGCCUCAGCUGCCCAGGGCUGCCCACUGCGAUUGGCCGCCUCCUCACCUUGUCUUUGGGGAAGGCUGAUGCCCAGCGAUGGUGCCCCCAUCGGAAGGUGGCACUGAUGCCCUGCUCCCAGAUCUCCCCAAGGGGCCCCUGCAGGCCUACCGCGCCCGCGCCUCCUUCUGCUGGCAGGAGCUGGUGCUGUUCCUGGAAGGCGAGGACAUGCUGCGCCUGAAGAAGGCCAUCUUCUCAGCUUUGGAGAAUGACCCGCUCUUCGCUCAUUCGCAUGGGGAAGAUCUCUCCCUGGAGAAGUACCGGGAGCUGAGCUUCCUUCGCUGCAAGCGGGUCAUGGAGUACAGCCUCCUCCCCGUGGAAGAGAUGGUGGCCAGGCCUCUGUCGGUCCAGACGCUCAUCGCCUGUCUGGGCAUGUAUGACUGGUCCCUGGCUGUCAAGUUCUUGCUGCACAUGCUGACUUUUGGAUCAGCGAUUUACAGCUCUGGUUCUGAAAGACAUUUAAAAUACCUUCCAAAGAUCUUCAACAUGGACAUUUUUGGUUGCUUUGCGGUGACUGAACUUAGUCACGGGAGUAACGCCAAGGCCAUCCGAACAACUGCUCACUAUGACCCCACCACCGAGGAAUUCAUCAUACACUCUCCUGACUUCGAAGCUGCCAAAUUCUGGGUUGGCAACAUGGGCAAGACAGCUACCCAUGCCGUGGUGUUCGCUCAGCUGUACACACCGGGGGGGCAGUGCCACGGCCCGCACUCCUUCGUGGUGCAGAUUCGGAACCCCAAGACCCUUCUUCCCAUGCCAGGGGUGAUGGUUGGUGACAUCGGGAAGAAGCUGGGGCUGAACGGUGUAGACAACGGAUUUGCCAUGUUCCACAAGGUUCGAAUUCCUCGCCAAGACCUCCUGAACCGGAUUGGAGACGUCACCCCUGAGGGUACCUACGUCACCUCCUUUAAGGACGACCGGCAGCGCUUCGGAGCGUCCCUGGGCACCUUGUCCUUGGGCCGGGUCGCCAUUGUGGGCAUGGCCAUCGUGAACUUAAAGCUGGCCGUCUCCAUCGCGCUUCGUUUCUCAGCCACUCGGUGUCAGUUUGGGCCCUCGGACGGGGAGGAGGUACGAGUGCUGGAGUAUCAGACGCAGCAAUGGCGCUUGCUUCCCUAUCUGGCCGCCGCCUAUGCCUUAGACCACUUCUCCAAAUCGCUCUUCCUGGACUUGGCGGAGCUGCAGCAAGGCCUCAUGGGGACAGACCAAGGCGCCAGGCAGGCAGAGCUCGGACGUGAGAUCCACGCCUUGGCAUCGGCGGGCAAGCCCCUGGCCUCAUGGACCGCCCAGCGGGGAAUUCAGGAAUGCCGGGAGGCGUGCGGAGGACAUGGCUAUCUGGCCGUGAACCGCCUGGGUGACCUCAGGAACGACAACGACCCCAACUGCACAUAUGAGGGGGACAACAACAUCCUGCUGCAGCAGACCAGCAGCUAUCUGCUCAGCCUGCUGGCACGCCACGUCCAAGGUGGCGCUCACUUCCAGAGCCCUCUGAGGACUGUGGACUUCCUGCAAGCCUAUCCCGAUAUCCUUGGCCAGAGGUUCACAUGCCCCAGCGUCGACAGCUGCCUGGACUCCUCAGUUCCCCUGGCGGCUUACGAGUGGUUGGUUUGUUACCUGCUCCGUGAGAGUUAUCAGAAAUUAAAUCAAGAGAAAAGAUCAGGAAGCAAUGACUUUGAAGCAAGAAACAACAGUCAGGUAUACCACUGCCAUCCCUUGGCCCUGGCGUUCCUGGAGCUCACGGUGGUGCGGAGGUUCCACGAGUACACGCACCAGCCCCACGUGCCGCCCCCGCUGCGGGCCGUGCUGGGGCGGCUCAGUGCCCUCUAUGCCCUGUGGUCCCUGAGCCAGCACACGGCCCUGCUUUACCAAGGUGGCUACUUUUCUGGUGAGCAAGCAGGUAAAAUGAUCCAGAACGCCAUCCUGGACCUGUGCUCACAGCUGAAAGACGAUGCGGUUGCCCUGGUGGACGUGAUCGCCCCUCCCGACUUUGUCCUGGACUCCCCGAUUGGCAGAGCCGACGGUGAGCUCUAUAAAAACCUCUGGACUGCUGUCCUUCUGGAAAGCAGAGUGCUGGAGAGGCCAUCAUGGUGGUCGGAGUUUUCCGUCCAUAAGCCCCGUAUAGGAAGUUUGAAAUCAAAGCUGUAGUCACGCGGCACGUUCAGCUCAAUCUAGGUAAGCUGGUCCAGCUGAUGGAGACGGGGACCUCAGAUCCUAGUUCCAGACGAUAUGGAAACGCUGCCCCUUUCUGAACGCACCUGUGUUCAUACCCGCCCGGGGAGGGCUCCCCGCAAAAGGCACAGGGCAGGUGCCUCCGCCAGAUGUGCAGAGAAAAUCCGUAUGAUCACCUCUUCCCGAUGGACUCUUUUUUUGAUAAUUAGGACUUUGCACGUGCUGCGUUCACAUGCCAGAGAGGAGGCCACGUGCUCACAAUCAGGGGCUUUCUGGUCUGAUGAUCUUCCGCAUUCUGAGAUUUCUUCCAAAGCUCUGCUUCACUAGUGCUCAAUGAUGCCAAUCUGAUUCUUUGUUAACUGCUUUGACUUUAUCGUGUAAUUAAAUCCUAUUUUAA